CGGAAAUUCGUUACCGACGGCAGAGGCGGGCGGGCUCGUAUUUGAAUAGCCGUUGCGCGCUUGCUAGGAUCAAGGAUGGCGUCCGUGGCGUUGCGGCAAUUUCGAAGGGACUAGCUAAGUUUUGAAAAUUUUCGCAACGACCGCAAUAAUGGCAGAUAAUCAGCAGAGCCGAUUCGAGAAGUCGCUCGGGCUGCUGACCACCCGCUUCGUGUCCCUGCUGCAGAAAGCGAAGGACGGCGUGCUGGAUUUGAAAGUCGCCGCGGAUCUUCUGGAGGUACGUCAGAAACGGCGCAUCUACGACAUCACAAACGUCCUCGAGGGUAUCGGCCUCAUAGAGAAGAAGAGCAAGAACAGCAUCCAAUGGAAGGGCGCGGGACCGGGCUGCAACACUCAGGAGGUCGGCGAGAAACUGACGGACCUGAAGGAGGAGAUCAGCAAGCUGGAGGAUCACGAGCAUCUGCUGGACACCCACACCCAGUGGAUUCAGCAGAGCAUAAAGAAUAUAGAGAACGACAUUAUAAAUAAGAAAUAUGCAUACAUUACAUACGAAGACGUUAAGGAGAACUUUGUGGAUCAGUUCGUACUGACGAUACAGGGUCCUUCGGACAUGGAAUUAACAGUACCAAAUAUCUUGAAGACUGUCACGCAAGACGAUGCCGAAGCGAUAAAUUAUAACAUGGUCCUGAAAAGUAACACGGGAGAAAUUAAAGUGUACAUGGUCCAACCUGAACUAGCGAAGACUUACGAUAAUAAGGUGUUAGAAAUGAGAUUGCAAGAAGAGUCGAAGGGUACGAAGCGCGGAAACGAGGAGGAUGAGAAGAAAGAGGAGGAGGUUACUGUUAAACCAAAGAGGAAAGUUGGAAGGCCACCAAAAAACAGUAAACCGGAUCCGAUAAUAACUGACGACGAAGAAGACGAAGAUUCGGAAUUAAUAGAAGCUAAAAUAGUCCUACGUGAUGUACGCACCACAGAUAUUGUCCAAAGAGAUUUGGAGUUUCUUGAUCAGUUGUAUUCUGACUUUUGCGGACCGUUAAUGAGAUUAAGUCCACCACCUGGGGAAAAAGAUUACCACUUCAAUCUCAGUGAGAACGAAGGUGUUUGUGAUUUAUUUGACAUUACGACAUAAUGAGUGUCGCAUUGAUGUAGCUCCGAUAUGCGAAAUGAAGACUGUGCCAACAGCAUUCACAAAGUCGAAUCGGGAAAAAUUUGAUAAAGAGUCAUUAAGGAGGAUUUUAGGGAAAUUAAUGGAACACACAAUCAUUGAGAGUAUACAGUAUUUUUUUAUUAUUAAAAAAUACGGGGGGGAAAACUAGUGCGAGAGGCAUAUUUUAAAGAUAUCCACAACCUGUUCCGACCGCUGCUUAUUUUGUACAUUUUGACAGUAACUCGGAAGUUUUAACGGCAUCUUUUAUAUAGAUUUAGAGAGUAUACCCUUGUAGCUUUAAGUUGGCUCAAUUCAAGCUUGCUUCAUAAAUAUCACAUAUUAUAAAAAUAUAUAAUUGUCCCUUUACAAUAAUUUUUUAUUUGACCAAAAAAAAAUACUGAUAAAUGCACACAAUCAAAAAGAGUAUAAUUUUCUAUAUUGCAUUAUACGAUAUUAUGAAGCAAGCUUUUAAAUGUUGAAUUUUUAUAAGAACUUACAUGCACGUAUCCCUGAUGUAUAUUCUAUAAAAAAAAAAAUGCAACUUGUUUGGAAUUGAAUGUAUAUUGCGUACAUGCGCCAAUUUUUUUUUAAACGUUUUACGAAUUACAUGUAUUCAGAUCUUCACUGCUGACAACGCAUAUACACAUCCGCUUAUAUUUAUGUACAGAGUAUAUCUUCUUUAUCGCGUGUCGCGCAGUAUCACGAAGUUGUAUUUCUUAACACAUCUCUCAUAUAUCUCAUGUCCGAUUAUAUCGUCUGAAUAUACGACUGCAGAAACUCGUA